CGUCUAUUUUCUCAUCCCUCUUUUCGCCCUACCAUCAACUUCUCGCAAACACUAACAAGGUAACAAACACCUGCACCGAUCGGAAUCUGCGCUUGUCCUCUAUCAAGCCACUUAUUCGCACUUCUCCUCCUCCACACCACACUGCCUUGCGCAUUCAUCGCUCACCUGUCUCUCCCUCUGCCAACACCAUCUCUCCACCCUCUCAGGCUGGGAUUCCAUUCCAUGCCUCACCCGCCGAGCCGCUCCCGCGAAAAUCCCUGCGUCAGAACCAAAACAUUGAUUGACGUCGCAAAGCCGAACUAGCGCACCUUGCUCCCUCCACCUUGCAAGUCUCAGCAACUGCUGGUUCCAGUCCUUUGUCUGCCUCCUCCAGCAACCAGCGCGGGUGACCGAUAGAUAGACGUACACAACCAUGCCCCCGUCGAAGAGGAAAGCACGCCGCAAACCCGCCGAUCUCCCAGAGUCCUCGGAGCUCGACCUUCCAGACUCUUCCCCGUCACGCCCUUCGGCAAAGAAGCGCAAGGUCAACGGCUCUCGUGGUGCGCCCGCCAGGAAGAAGUCCGUAACUCCCGAACUUGAACCUGAACCCACACCUGCGCUGGACUCAAGCGACGACACGGAAGAACUGUCCCAAAGCGAUCUCAUCGACUCGGUCGUCUCCUACCUCCAAGUCUCCAAAGAACCCAUUGUCGUUAGAACCGAAUACUCCAACGAUAAGGUCCAGAGCAACAGCCCACAGAAGGUCUCAGCAUAUGCGAAGAUUGCCGGUCGAGACUGGACCUACUUUGUGCGCGAACAGUCCGUCAACUUUGGCAGACCGCCCGACGACCGGCCGAACUUGAACGGCGCUUCCAGUCCUAUCGCCGACCUGAAGGACGUAUUACCGGUCCAUAUCGAUCUCGGUCCAAGCAAGAUUGUUUCGCGACAUCAUGCCUCGAUUUACUACGACGCAGAUUAUCCGGUGGAUGAAGGUGGCUGGCACGUCAGAGUCAACGGGCGAAAUGGAGUUCGCGUCAAUAACGUGCUCAUCAAGAAGGGGUUGAGGAAACAGAUCAAGUCAGGCGAUAUUUUGGAGAUUGCCGGGACGCAAAUGAUGUUUGUCACCCCAGGCGACAAGGUCGAGAUCGAUCAUUACUUUAUCGAACGAGCCAAAGCCUUGGCCGCAGGCGAGGAAGUCAGUCCUGCUCAACCUCAGCCUGAACCUGUCAAAUACGAAGUGUCGGCCGGACCAACUCAGAAUUUCCCUUCGCUGGCUCCAGCGCCUCCCGAUUUCAAACGCGAAGCUACACCGCCCGCGCAGUCUGCCGAUGGCAAGUCUCAACGAGGCGUCUUCGAUAGUAAAAUGCCCAUGUCGCCCAUGUAUGGUCGGGGGAUGAUGAUGGAGAGUACCCAAGAGAUCGACUACAGUCGGGACAGUGCCAAGGACCUUAAGCCGCCCUUCAGCUACGCGACAAUGAUCGCCCAGGCUAUUUUCUCGAGUGAAGAGGAGAAGUUGACCCUGAGCAACAUUUAUUCAUUCAUUGCUGACAAGUAUGCCUUUUAUCGCCAUUCAAAUAGUGGCUGGCAGAAUUCCAUCCGACACAAUCUUUCGCUAAACAAAGCCUUUCAAAAAGUCCCCCGGCGUACCGAUGAGCCUGGAAAGGGGAUGAAAUGGCAGAUCGCCCCAGAAUUUCGUCAGGAGUACUGGAAGAAGCAAGCCCGGCGUGGAGGCUCGGCUCCGUCUUCACCUGCUUCUGGCAAGGAAGUCAAUCCCAACUUCAGAGGACCCAAUGGUCAGAAUCUGGGCUAUGAUACUAGCAUGGUUAGCCAGUUCUCUGCACGAGAUAUGUCUGACCGCGCAGGACUUCCUGCUUCCGCCAAGCUGAGUCUCCCAUUUCCUCCGUUCAACCCAAGGCAGCAACAAUAUCCGCCGAGCCCCAGCCUAGCACCUCCCGUCUCACAACCUGGAGAAGCUGUUACGCCUCAAAGGCGAAGAACGGAUACCCAGAAUACCCUUCCGGACAUGGACCUCGAAGAAUCCCCAUUGCGACAUGGGAAUGCUGCACCAACACCGCAUCUAGGGAACAAUUUACCCAUGUACACGCUGCCAUCCUCUGUUCCGCGUCCCCAUCACUCACCGACGAACCCCACACUUUCGUCCUCAUACCUGGACACUCCUUUCCAUCCAUCACAGCACAGCAUUAUUACGCCUGCGCCACUGCGACAAAACCCCCGACUAGCCCCUCCAAGUACUCUGGUUGCUCCUAGCAAGUUUAUGCCAGAGUCCUCACCUGCAGGACCCCAGGGGCUCUUCUGGAAGGGUAUCAUGGGCGCAACACCGGGCCAGCCGCUGCCUGACAUGUCCCCGGCCAAGGACGAAGAUCCUCGAGCAAAUGGAAUUGAUAGAAGUGUGAUGAGUUCGAGCCCGCCACCUAUGGAUGCAAGCAUGGGCAGCCCGAGCAAACCAGCCAGAAGUAGUCAGGCCCCUAACAGCUCGAGUUCGGCCAAGAAGAGGGACGACAGUCCUGCAAAUUUUUCGAGACUGAACGGGGCUGCAGCCGACGAAAAUGGGAAGUUCACACGCAGUUUCUCGGGGAGUGGGAACACCGCGAGUGGAGUAAAUGGUCAGACGGGGGCUAGCAGGUUCAAUUCGCACCUUUCCUCGAACAAUGCAGAUGCGGGUUCGAAUCACGACGCUGACGACGAGGACGGUGAUGGCGGAUUUGACCUAGCCAAAGGCUUUGCCCCCAUUGCAGGUGGAAGUUUCCAUUCACAGAGAAGUGGUAGCCUUGGUGUUGCGAGAGCUGGAUCAUGAGCUACAAAGCUCAGGAUCGACGAGCUACGAUCUCUGCUGGCGUCUCUCGAACAGAAGCGUUAUCAUCUGAGCAGGGGUCUAUUGGACAUGUACGAAUAUAAACAACUGGGGAUCAUGUGCUAUGUUAUUAUGCAAGACGCUGAUGUUGAAAAGUGGACACAAUGGGGCGGAUCUGGUAACGUUCUGAAUAUAUGGGCUGGGCAAUGCAUUUCUUGAGUUUUUCUUUUGAAGAUAUAAAUGCACCCAUGGGAGUUUCGGAGCGAGAUAGAGCGUGUCACAACGCUCAUUGUUGAUGCAGGGCAGGAAUUGGACGAUAUUGAUUGCCAGAAAUGGUCCAAAUUGGAAUAGUUUUUUGUAACAUCAAACAAAACAUCACUCCUGCGUAC